CUUCCGGCGGCGAGGGUGGUGCUUCCGGGCGGGCCGCCGGGCCGAGGGAGGAGGGUCUGACAGUUGGCGCCGCCGGCAGGGCGGGCGGCGCGAGGGGGCGCGGGCCCUGCGGGGCAGGUGGCUGUGAGGAGUGACUGAGAUGUGGAUAUAGUCAGUGCCCGGCACGUAAACAUUCGACAGGAGCUGCCACACGGGCACUGGAAUCAGGGAGAACUGGUUUUUGAAUCCUGGUAAAGCCACUUGCUAGAUUUGGCAUUUGGCAAAUGACUGCGCCUGGAUGAGUCGGUUUUUUCAUCGAUUGAAAUGGGGCUGAUAAUAGUCCUCACUCAUGAGGUGGUUGUGAGGCGUCAGCAUGACGCCCAGCUCUGGUCCUGAUGGCGACCCCGAGGCUGGACUGGUGAAGCUGCUUGCCAAGGCCACCUAGCUAGCUCCAGGGAGCAGCCUCAGGGCCAGGGAGACAAUGGUCUCGGUGACUAUGGCCACUUCUGAGUGGAUCCAGUUCUUUAAGGAAGCCGGCAUUCCUCCGGGACCUGCGGUCAAUUACGCCGUGAUGUUUGUGGAUAACAGGAUCCAGAAGAGCAUGCUGCUGGAUCUCAACAAGGAAAUCAUGAACGAGCUGGGCGUGACUGUGGUGGGUGACAUCAUCGCCAUCCUUAAGCAUGCUAAGGUGGUGCACCGCCAGGACAUGUGCAAAGCUGCCACUGAGUCGGUGCCCUGCAGCCCCAGCCCCCUCCCUGGCGAGGUUCGCCGAAGCGCCUGCAGCGCUGCCUCCCGAAUGAUCGCCAACAGCCUGAACCGUGACUCCCCACCCGGCACUCCCCCCAGGCGGCCAGACACCGGCGCCUCCAAGAUCUCCGUCACCGUGUCCAACAAGAUGGCAGCAAAGAGUGCCAAGGCCGCCGCUGCCCUGGCCCGCCGGGAGGAGGAGAGCCUGGCCAUUCCCACCAAGCGGCGUCGGGUCACUGCCGAGAUGGAGGGGAAAUACAUCAUCAACAUGCCCAAAGGCACCACGCCCCGGACCCGCAAGAUCCUGGAGCAGCAGCAGGCAGCGAAAGGUGUUCACAGGACGUCUGUGUUUGACCGCCUCGGCGCUGAGACCAAGGCCGACACGACGACGGGGAAUAAACCCACAGGAGUCUUCAGCCGCCUGGGGGCCACCCCAGAGAUGGAUGAGGAUCUGGCUUGGGACAGCGACAACGACAGCAGUAGCAGCUCUGUCCUGCAGUAUGCCGGGGUCCUGAAGAAGCUAGGCCGGGGCCCAGCCAAGGCCAGUGCGCAGCCGGCGCUGACUGUCAAAGCCAAGGCCACGAGCUCGGCGCCCACGGCUGCUGCCCCAACGCUGCGGCGCCUGGCCCUCGCCUCACGCCCCGGGCUCGAGAGGAAGCCGGAGUCCCUGUCCAAAGUCAGCAUCAUCCAGAGACUGGGCAAGGCGGCCCUCGUGCCCGAGGCCCAGGACAGCCAGGUCACGAGCACCAAGAGUAAGUCUUCGACUGAGGUCAAAGUCACCAUUAAGAGGACCCUGGUGGGGCCCCGGGGGAGCAGCUCCAGCGAGGGCCUUGGUGCCCAGAUGGACCAUGCGGGCACCGUGAGUGUGUUCAAAAGACUGGGCCGCAGGACCUAGCCCCGGCUGGGCGCAGGCCCCUCCAGGCAGAGGCUUCCUCGAGGGCGCGCCCGCCCUGCUGCCGGCUUCUGGACGACACUGCUUGUCUCCCUCAGGCGUUCGAGCCGGGCCGAGCUUUCUGGGGGUUCACCCCGUUCUUCCGAGUCUGAGACGGUCGUUGCGGCCUGGCCUUGCCGCUCUGGGGCGCUGCCUACUGUCGUGUCCUAGUUCUCUCCUCUGACUGCGGCCUUGGCAGGACCCCUCUCCACCCCUCCCCGUGCCCAGUGUCCUCUUCCCUCCUGCCCCACUUCCUCCCUCUCAGCAGCAGCUGCUGCCCUCAUCCCCCCUGGCUCUUCGCCUCCCGGUCCCCCAGAGUGGGUGUCCCCUGGAGGGGCUCCCCAUCCCGCCUCCCCCCGCUGCUGACUUCCCACCCCUCCCCUACUCCUCCGCCCCCCCGCCACACACACUUUAC